AUGAAAAAACUUCCUCGGAAGCAGGAACUCGGGACACCUAAUGGCCUAAAGCCCACUAUCUUGCUGGCGGAGCUUGGGCUGGAAUACAAGCUUUACCCAAUCAACAUACCCAAGCAUGAGGAUAAGGAGCCGUGGUUUCUCGAGAUCAACCCCAACGGCCGGAUUCCUGCUCUAGUCGACGAGGACGAGAACGGUAACAAGAUUACGCUGUUCGAAAGCGGUAGUAUGCUGUUGUAUCUCGUGGCCCGGUACGACAAAGACCACAAGGUGUCGUAUCCUUACGACACGCCAGAUUACUGGGAGACGGUCAAUUGGACACGAAUGGCACCAGAGAAGCAUGAGCAAGCUAUCAGCCGCUACGUGAAUGUGACCCGCCGUCUGUAUCGCGUCCUCGACACCCAUCUUGCUAAAAGCAAGUCUGGCUACGUGGUUGGUGAUCGGGUUACGGUUGCUGAUAUUGCCUUGUGGAUUUGGGUAGCUGCUUACAGAUACAGUGGCUUGUCUAGCAUUGACGAGUUUCCGUAUGUGAAAAAAUGGCUCCACGAACUUUUGAAGCGUCCCGGCUUCGGAGAGCGCCGAAACGCGCCCCAGCCACAUAUUUAUCUGGAACUCAACAAGCUAUCGGACGAGGAGUUGAAUGCGAGGAGCCGCGCUGCCGGAGCGUGGAUCCAGGAGGGCUUGAAGGGCGAUGCGAAGGCUUAG